GAAGGAACGCAGGCAUCUAAUACAAGGAUUACAAGCCAGCCUCCCCUUCUCAAUUAAUAAGCGAAGCCCCUCUUCCUCUAGGGUUUUUGCAAGAAAGCAAAUCAAAGCGAGUAAAUUAUGACUGGAAAGGCAAAGCCAAAGAAGCACACGGCGAAGGAGCUCGCUGCAAAAUUAGAUGCGGCGACAACAAACAGAGGGGGAGGGAAAGCAGGGGUCGCAGACAGGACAGGACAAGAGAAAGGAGGUCAUGCCAAAUACGAGUGUCCGCACUGCAAGACGACAGCUCCUGAUAUUAAAACUAUGCAGAUCCAUCAUGAUGCUCGACACCCAAAAAUCCCUUUUGAGGAAGACAAGCUUGUUAAUCGUCAUGCUAGUUCCGCUGCUGAUUCUUCCAAAUCUCGUCCUGGUGUUAGAGGCAGCCUCAAGAAGUGAAGUUAAUUACAAGAAAUAAUAUUAUUAAUCGUGUCCUUUUCUUUUUCUGGUUCUCUAUUUUUAUUCCUGGGUAUGUUUGUGGUGUUUAGAUGAUGUUGUUGUUAUGUUUUUGAUGAUGAAGGUAUUGCGGAAAAAAAAACAAAAAUUCCGAUGGUUUGUGGAAUGUAUAUUAGAGAUAUGAUUAUCACGUGGUUAUGUUAAUGGGUGUUUUUUAAA